AUGGGGUACCGGCUGUGCAGUCUGGCCGCCAUCUCGAGAGAGUAUGAUCAUGGCAUCACGAGACACAAACUGUUCAAUGCAGACAUUCUGCAUAAGGAGACGCCUACUAUGUACGUUACUUCCUUGGAAACAUUGAAUCUCUCCGGAGCUCUUCCUCUCGGAGCGCCACAGAGGCCCGUGUCAGGUGGGAGGAGUCUCUCCCGGGGUUCUGCACCCCAAGGCCAUUCCCCUGGAAGGCACCCCGUUCGGGGGGGAAGAAAGGAAGCCACGGCCAUGGGGAGGGCAGGGAACACCAAGGAGGGUGCGCCACCAGCAUCCGAAAGUGGAGAAGGGGUCACAGGGGUCUUUCCUUUCCCCUUCCUCAAGCGGACCUACCACAAUCGUGUCUGUCAACCGAAAUGGCACAGUCCUGAUGAGCCCAAAGAGAGCUGCCAUGUACACAACGCCCCGGCAAUGCAGAUAGGAGCUAUCAACGCCAUCGCCCACCGGAUCAAUGGUCUACACGGCACACGCCGCUCGUGGCUGGCGUGA